CCAUAACCGUCCUACCAUCUCCCCCACCCUUUUGCUGUCCAACAUGUACCAGCGCCCUGACAUGAUCACCCCUGGAGUCGACCCCCAGGGCCAACCCAUCGAACCCCGCAAGAUUCAGGAGCAUUUCAAGGACUUCUACGAGGACAUUUUCGAGGAACUCGGCAAGUUCGACGAGAUCGAGAGCCUCAACAUCUGCGACAACCUCGCCGACCACAUGAUCAGCAACGUCUACAUCCAGUUCAAGGAGGAGGACCAGGCUGCCGCCGCCCUCCAGGCUUUGCAGGGCCACUUCUACUCCGGCUGCACCAUCAUUGCCGACUUCUCCCCUGUCACCGACUUCCGCGAGGCCACCUACCGAAGGAGCAGUCGUGGUGGAUAUUGCAAUUUUAUGCACAUCAAGAUGAUUGGGAGGGACCUCAGGAGGAAGCUCUUUGGGAGUCAUAUUCUUAAGUACCGAAGGAGCAGGAGUCGCAGUAGAAGUGCCAAUCCCCAUCCACACCACCAUCACCGGAGGGAAAGAGAAAGGGAAAGGGACUACGAUAGGAGCCGUGACAGUGAAAGGGAUUAUCGUGCAAGUGGUAGGAGGAGCGGAGGAGACCGGCACGCCAGGCAUGAGAGCGACAGCAGCGGAGGGAGGAGAAGACAUGCAGCGAGUCCCAGGCGGAGCAAAAGUCCUGUGAGGGAAGGUAGCGAGUAG